GCGAGGACGUGGCCGGCCAGGGCGUCCCGCCGAGCCGCCGCCGGCGGGAGCUGCAAGCCGGGGGCCGUCUGUGCCGGUCCCCCGGGAUGGAGGCGGCGGAGGCACGGCAGGAAUGACCCCCCCCCCCUUCUCCGGCUGCUGGAAUCCAGCUCUGGUAAACAAGACAGGGCCGGCGCGGGCAUCCUCGUGCGAGGGCCGUCCUGGAUGGGGCGAGACGACAGCUGAGGUGACGGCUCUGGCCCGCACAUGAAUCUCUUCCCGGUCGGGCAGACACGUGCGCGGGCAAGGCAGGAUCAGGGCAGGCACUGGAGCCUGCGGGCAGGACGCCCCAUGGAGCCGAGUCUGGAGGGCGCCUGAAGCCACUGCAAGGACGAGGACGGGGUUGGGGGCCAUGGAGACCCCCAACGGGAGUGUGGCCGGCCAGCCGGACACGUGCUUCGGGGCAUUCAAUGCCAGUGUCAGCCUCAAUGAGACGCAGAGGAAAACCAUCACGUCGCCGUGGUUCUCCACCACCUUUGGCCUCAUCGGCCUGUGCUCCAACCUCUUUGCCCUGUGUGUCCUACUCAGUUCAUCCCGCAAGCUGUCCAGCCGGACCCGUUCCUCCUUCCUCGUCUUCCUCUGUGGGCUGGUGGUCACAGACUUCAUGGGGCUGCUGGUGACAGCCUCAGUCAUCAUCCCCUAUCACUUCAUCAAGUUCAACUGGGCCAAGGUGGACCCCAGCUGCCACCUCUGCAACUUCCUUGGCUUCUCCAUGGUCUUCUUUGGGCAGUGCCCACUGCUACUGGGAGCCACCAUGGCCGGCGAGCGGUUCUUUGGAAUCAACCACCCCUUCUCCCGCUCCACCAGCAUCUCCAAGCGUCGUGCAUGGUCCAUCGUGGGGCUGGUGUGGGGUUUCUCCUGUAUCCUAGGGCUCCUGCCAGUCCUGGGACUGGGAAGGUACACGUUGCAGUACCCUGGUUCCUGGUGCUUCCUCACCCUCCUGCCCGACACCAAAAAUGUCAUCUUCUGCCUGCUUUUUGCCUUGCUGGGCAUCUUCUCUGUGCUGCUCUCCUUCAUCUUCAACACAGUCAGCGUAGUGACACUGUGCCGCGUCUACCAUGACCGGGAGUCAGUGCAGCGGCGCCGGGACAGCGAGGUGGAGAUGAUGGUGCAGCUCGUGGGCAUCAUGGUCAUCGCCACCAUCUGCUGGAUGCCCCUUCUGAUCUUCAUCAUCCAGACGGUCCUGCAGCAGCUGCCGGCCCCCGAGCGGGUCCAGACGCUGCCCUGGGAGACGCAGAAGAUGCUGCUCAUCUACAUCCGCAUGGUCACAUGGAACCAGAUCCUCGACCCGUGGGUCUACAUCCUCUUCCGGCGGGCCGUGCUGCAGCGCGUCUACCCCAGCCUCCGCUCCCGGCCCUCCAUCGUCUCCCUCUACCCUGUCCUCAACCCUUCCUUGCGCCGCAAGUUCACCCAGGAGUCGGUGCUGCAGUAGCAGGCGCCAGGUCACCGGCCGGGGACAGCCGCGAGGUGGGGGAGUGGGGUGGGAUGAGCCCCGUGGGCCAAAACGUGACCCCCCCCCCCCCCCACUUCGUGGGCGCAGCCUGUGCCGGGUGCCCCUGCUCUGGGGGGUGGCAUCUCCCUGGUGCCCAGGGCAGCUGUCCGCAGCCGUGUCCCCCCCUCCCUUCCCCCCCCCCCCAGGGUGUAAGGCAGGGCCAGAGAGGUGAUUAGUUAAUUAAUGAGUUAAUUCAGCACGUGUCCAAGGUGCUCUGCCCCCCCCCACCCCAACCUCCCUCCCCGGGGCUGGCAGGGAGCCGGGGGGCACGGCGGGCGCCGGGACCCGGCUGGCAGCGGCGGGCGCCGGGCUGCUCCCCGCCUCGGUUCGGGUGGCCCCCCUGCAAUAAAAUCCACCUUGUGCCGC